AAUGAUUAAUGUUUGGUUUUGAUCGUAAAUUUUUGUUAAAUAAUAUACAAGAUGCCUAGAGGUAAAUCGCGUUCGGGUUCGGAAGGAUCAGAAACGGAACCAAAGAGUACAACAUCAAAACAUUCAAACAAAUCUGGCGAAAAUGUAAAAAUUGUCACUAAUGCAACUCAAGUCAUAGCAACGGAUCCCAGCCAGCGCAAAUCCCGGCGCCGUCGUAACCAGGAGCGAGUGGAAAUGCUAGCACGGCCCAACGCGCGGCGCUUGCGCACGCUAUGGCAGGAGAAAUGCGCGGUGCUACCCAAGGAGAGGCGGGAUAAGAUCAAGAGCGCCUUGGAGGAGGAUUACUUUUUGACACCCGAACAAACGGAGCAGUAUUUCUUGGCAUUAAAUGAGACCAUGAAGAGACGGUCCCUGGCCGGCGCUGACGAGAGGAAAGCGGAGAUGGAGCGAAAGAGACAGCUGCAGCAGAGACAGAAGUGGCUUGUGGACUUUAGUGCACAAGUGGCGUAUCGUUUAUGCGACUAUGUCGAGAAAGGCCAGAAGGAGAUGUUGGUGACAAACCGACUGAGAAGUAUAGCUGACGUGGUUUUGGAACGAGUCGCAGAAAUUCUAGGUGAGCCGAAGCCAUCCCGCACGCAUCCUGGCCGCCUCGCCCGCUUCAUGGUAGCCGUGUCCGACCGCAUAGCAGUGUGGAUAGAGCGCGCUGUCUACCGCGCGGACGCCCUGGACAUCGAAGACACGGGCGCCGACGACCACAUGCGUCUCGACGUAUUCUUCGUUCUCUGCUUCAUCGCUCUGACCAGCGCAGCUCCCCAGCUGAUCUGGCCAGGAGUCGUCGCACCUACUGGACUGGGAGGGACCGUUGUCGCCGGGCCAACUGUUGUGAACGGCCUCACCGCCCCCACCCUCGGCCUGGGCCGCAUCGUCGCUCCCGGCAUCAUCUCGUAUGGGCUCAUCUUCUUCGUUCUGUGCUUUGUGGCCCUGGCCGUAGCCGACCCUCAGGUGUUGGUUGGGCCUGGCCUAGUGGCGCCACUGGCUCCUAGGACGGUGGUAGCCGGCCCAACAGUGGUGAACGGUCUGGGCGCGCUGGGCCUGGGCGGCGUCAUCGCGCCCGGUGUCAUCGGCGUUAUAUAAACCGUGCAUCUUCCGUCUCUGUCUUAUUACAAUAUAUUGAUGCUCUACUA